UUCAGCAUUUUCCCCAAUGAGGGCCAGCACCUCGCCUUCUCAAGCCAGCCUUCUUUGGGGAAUUGUUGUUCAGGCGGCUGUCCUGCACCACCUGCUCUUUUUGGGGAUAACCCGGUCAGGGCACGCCCCAGGCCCGGGGCUCCUUCCCCGGUCAAGGGACGAACGUUCCGAACUCUGGGGAUAUUUCCAGAGCUCGGAACCUUCGCCCCGGGACAGCACGCCGCUCACGCAUAUUAGCAGUCCCACUUUAUUGUCAGUGAGGCGAACUCGUAAAAUGAUGUUUUAUAUAAACAAGGUUUGGGAGGAGCUGAUCAGUCAAUGAACUCGGCUGGCUUUCAAUCAUUAAUCAAUGAACAUGGCUGGCUCUUAAUCACUAAUCAAUGAACUUGGCUGGCUCUCAAUCACUAAUCAAUGAACACAGCUGGCUCUCGAUGAUUAAGCAAUGAACACGGCUGGUUAUCAAUCACUAAUCAACACAACAACUUAGUACCAGCUCUAUAAAUAAUCAUAGAGUCCUUACCCUCAAUUCUCUGGGAAAUUAUUGCAAACCCACCUCCACCCCUUCGCCUCACUAAGUACAUUUAGCUCAGCACCGGGGAUAACCCGGUCAGGGCACGCCCCAGGCCCGGGGCUCCUUCCCCGGUCAAGGGACGAACGUUCCGAACUCGGGGGGUAUUUCCCGAGCUCGGAACCUUCGCCCCGGGACAGCACGCCACUCACGCAUAUUAGCAGUCCCACUUUAUUGUCAGUGAGGCGAACUCGUAAAAUGGUAUUUUAUUAUUUAGAUGUAUGAAAAUUAUUUUACAUUCUACUUGUAUGGUUGAUGCUGUACAUUUUGUUAUUAAUGUUUUACCUGUCUUACACACUGUUGAACUUCUGAAUUAAGACACCCCCACAUAAUUUGCUUACUAAUACUAAAGUGAAAAGCUGUCAUCUGUUGUAACAGGAAAUAAUUUUAGACUUCUGCUUUGAGUGUCUGACUGUACUGCUGUAGGUAAGGUUUCUCCAUUGUAUGGGUAUUUUUUUGUGUUUUGGCAUGGUUAAAACAUUGAAUUAAGCAAUAAGCACUUAAAGUGUUUUGAUGUCUAUUUAGAGCACUUGAGAUGUCUCUUUUUCUGUUUGUGACUCUUCUGGUCAUCACAUCUGCAUCAUUACCUGCAUCCUCAGGAAACACUCCUUAUGUAGUAUUACCAAGAAACAUAACAGCAUUGAGUGGUUCGUGUGUACAGAUACCCUGCACAUUCAACGUCUCAGAUUUUGAGGACAAAUUGAGGACUACAAAGGGGAUAUUUGGUUAUUGGUUAAAGAGGACAUAUCAGUUCAGCGAUUUUGUUUUCAAUAGCAGUGGACCCAUCAUUAAUGGAUUUAGUCUUAUAGAGAUGGUUGGAAAUCUCAGUCGGCGUGAAUGCAGCACUGUUUUCUACAAUGUCAAGAACAAUCAUUCAGACGUCUACUUUUUCAGGAUACAAAUGGAGCCAAACAUAUUAAGAUUUACAUUUGCCAACCCAGUAAACAUUAAUGUCUUGGAUGUGGCGAAGCCUCCUAAACUCAAUGAUGUACCAGAAGUGAUGGAAGGCACUGCAGUGAAUCUGAUCUGCUCUGCUGAAGUUCCCUGCCCCAAACAACCUCCUACAUUAUCCUGGACUAACAUCCCCAAAUCUGCCAACAUUACAACACGGUUACAGGAGAAACCUGAUAAAACUCAUUCAGUGUCUUCCUCAAUGACCUUCAAUGCUUCAUACAUGGAUCACAGGAUGAACAUCUCCUGCACUGCAACAUAUCCAAGAAACAUCUCCAAUAACACAACUGUGAACAGCACAGUAAUGCUACAAGUUUUAUUUCCUCCAAAAGAAACUCAUAUUAUUAUCGAACCAUCGGCUUCAGUCUCUCUUGGCACUAAUGCGACUUUAACCUGCAAGAGCAAAGCUAAUCCAUCAUAUGACCUGAACUACACCUGGUACAAAAGAGGAGAGCUGAACCUUUGGGCUUCUGGAGAGCAAAUAAUCAUCAACGUCAGCAGGACCAAUGUUGGCUGGUACUCCUGCAGGGCAGAGAACAAACAUGGUUCCCAAAAAUCAAAAGAGGUACUGCUGAAUGUUGAAGGUCCAUUACAAUCCUCUGUGCUUCUGAUCGCAGGCCUUAUAGGAGCAUUUUCAGCUUUGCUUUUGCUCUUUCUUCUAGUAAUACUUUAUAGAAGAGUACAAAGAGCAAAAGCAUCUAAUGAACUCACUGUUGGGGUAACAGGUGUCUCAGAUCAGGGCAGGAAGCACAACCUACAGCCUGAUUAUGUUAACAGUGAUUUUGUUAAAAGUGUGAUGUGCCAACGGAUGAGAAGGACAUAAAUGCACCGUGGGAAUAAUAUAUGGUUAAUUUCCCUGUGACGAAGAUUAAUUUCCAUACUUUAUCAUAAACAUGAAUGAACCAUAAAAAUGUAAACUUUUUAACAGUAUAUAUAUAUCAGUUUGGAUUGUCUCAUGCAUAUGCAAGUUUGUUAUAAAUGAUUUUGCAAAUGCAGCAUCUGUAAAUUAAAGAUAUAUUUAGGAAUUUAGGAAUUGAGCUUGUUAAAGAAAUGAAAAAAUAUAAUACAUUUUAUCCUGUAAUGCUUGUGCAAAACUGUUUAGGUUUAUUCUGAAAGUUUGACAUAUAAUUUUGUGACUUGUUUAUGUUAAUGUAAUAGGAUAACUUUUUAUUAGACCCACCUUUAAAGCCCCA